CUUCUCUCCAAACCCCCACACUCCGCAGCAACCCGCCUUCCGGUUGCUUACACCAUCGCCGUCCGGUCUAACGCUUAGUCGGAAACGCCGUCACCACCGUCUGCACAACAUCUGCUCACCAUUCAUCCCAGCCAUGUGGAGUGAUUUUGGAUCUGAGCCAAACUUAUUUGGCAAGUCAUAAAUCUCCUUAAGAUUUAGAUUAAUGUCAAAACCUUGUUCCAUUAAAGGUUUUGUAUCGUUUUGCAUGCGAAAUUCACAGUAAACGAAGGAGCAAUGGCGGAAAAUAAUACCGGAAUUCUAAACUCUGAACAAUGUCCUCAGUUCUUCAAGUUCUAUAUGCCUGCGCAUUGCUCUACGCAACUGCGUAUACCACCUGCAUUUCUCAAGUAUUUUGGGGAUUCUUUACCCUUCAAGUUUAACCUUAUAACUUGUUCAAGAAACUCAUGGAAGGUGGAUAUGAACAAGAUCGAUGAUGAUGUCUACUUCAAAUCCGGAUGGGAGAAAUUCGUGCAAGGUAAUUCCCUCGAAUUCGGUGAUUUCCUCAUCUUUUACUACAAUGGUGGAUCAAAUUUCUUCGUGAGUAUAUCCGGAAAAAACAACUGUUUAAAGGAAAACAACAACACUGAAAGCGAAAAUCAAUCAACACCCAUACAAGAAACAGAAACAGAAACAAACACAACAACUGGUAAUGAACAGAUUGAAGAUAGCAAUUUUUCAUUUGACAUAAAGAUUCAGCCAUGUUAUUUGAGGAAUCAGUACAUGAAUUUACCAAGGGUGUUUUAUGAGGGUGUGAAGGAGGAGUAUAGAUCAAUGGCUAAGCUUCAACAUUUGGGAAGAACAUGGGAUGUGAAAGUGGUUGAUUGUUGUGACAGAAUUAGGUUUACAGAUGGAUGGAGAGUGUUUGCUAUGGAGAAUUGUUUGGGAGUUGGAGAUGUUUGUUGUUUUAAGUUGGUUGAUGUUAAACCUGAGUUUUAUUUACUGGAUGUGUCUUUUUGUAGGGAAAUGUAGUGAUUUAGUGUUUUUUUAACAAGAUUUUUGUGCAAUAUGUGGUAAGAUUACAGUGGUUUAUUGUUUUUUGAAAAGGAAAUUUGGUAUAUGAAAGAAGAUUAUGAGGCUUGUGUUCAA